AUGCCUCCUACACCUCGGCCCGCGUCAUGGGCUCAGCUGAGGUUGAGUAACCGCAUGUGUGGAAGAGGGUUCUCACAUUCGGCACAAAACUGUGCCAUACGAACUCGAUCAGUUCUGUCGAAGCUCUGGGUACCCGCAGGCGGGCUGCCUGGUGCAGAGGGAGAAUCUGGACAUGAUAAACUGAUUCGUGCUGGUUUCCUGCGCCAGGCUCACUCGGGAGUAUUCCAGCUAUUGCCCUUGGGUUUGCGAGUGCAGCAAAAGAUAGAGGCUCUGCUAGACUUGCACAUGCAACGCAUAGGCGCGUCGCGCUUGUCCCUAUCAACAAUCUCUUCGGAGAAGCUGUGGAGGAGGAGCGGGCGUCUGGACAACGUCUCUCCCGAGCUUUUUCGAUUUGCGGACCGCAAGAAGAUGUCGCUCAUCCUAUCUCCCACGCACGAGGAAGAAAUUACAUCUCUCCUGGCUGGCACAAUCAAGUCAUACAAGGACCUCCCCUUAAGGCUGUAUCAAUCGACACGCAAGUAUCGUGACGAAAUUCGACCGCGACAUGGACUGUUGCGAGCCCGGGAGUUUACCAUGAAAGAUUUGUACACCUUCGACACGACUGUGGACUCGGCCAUCGGGACAUACCAGGAGGUCUCCGCCGCAUACCGAGCCUUCUUCGCUGACCUGAAACUUGGAAUCCUGGUCGCCGAGGCCAGUUCGGGGGACAUGGGUGGCGACUGUAGCCACGAAUACCACUUGGUAAAUCCCCUUGGUGAAGACGUUGUUGCGUCAUGUGGUGGAUGCGGCUAUACUGCCAAUGACGAAGUGGCAAUGGCUCGGCCACUGCCCCGUGGCGCCCAUGCUGCUAGCAGAGACGUUUCGGCGGCAAACGUCCGCGUUUGGCGUGGAAUCACCAAGUGUCGCGAGACUCUGGUCAACGCAUGGUAUACCCAGCAUGCGAACGACUCGCAGGAGGCCGACAUCAACGUUCAUGCCAUCAAGGAGGUCGUUCCCGAGCUCGAUUUAAGCAUUGGAGAACCCCUUUCGGCAUUAAUGGAGGCUUGCAAAACAGAUGCGGAAGCGCUGUCGACCCCGAUUCGGGUGAUUAACGUUGUCGACUAUCGACUAGCCCACUCUUUCGACGCUCUACGAGGCCAGCUUCCUGUUGUGCCGACCGAUUUGGACGCGUUUCCUGUCUUCCAAUCCUCCAUGAUGGAAUCAUCAUCCGGCCAAGCGCUGAACAUCCGUCCCCUGACAGAUGGCGAUGAAUGUCCUCGAUGCGAGAAGGGAACGCUGCAGCUCCACCGUGCGCUGGAACUUGGCCACACGUUUUACCUAGGCACUCGCUACUCGAAACCAUUGGAACUGUCAGUCACAUUACCCAGCGCCCCAGGGGGGGCUUCACCAGUCCAAAUGGGUUGUUAUGGAAUCGGAGUUUCGCGCAUUUUUGGUGCCGUCGCAGAACACAAGGUUGACUCUCGCGGCCUCAACUGGCCUCGUGCAAUAGCUCCUUUCGAAGUUGUUGUUAUUCCGACCUCGGCAGUGACUUCCGAGGCUAUUAACUUCUUCGACACGCUCGUCGGCCAAAGCCCAACCUGUGACCUGGUUCUCGACGAUCGCCGAGAAACGUUUGGCUGGAAGAUGAGGGACGCUGAAAUGAUCGGAUACCCCGUUGCCGUCGUGCUUGGCAAGGCCUGGAGGGAGAGAGGCAUUUGCGAAGUACAAUGCAGGAGCCUUGCCAUCAAGGACGAGGUGGCUGUGGAUCAGUUACCGACAUAUCUGCCGGAGCUGUUGUCACGGCUGUAG